GUUCAACAAUCUGUUCAAGUGGUGUUGGUGGUGUAUAAGUUAAUUAAGUGACAUACUAAAUAUCGGACUCGUAAGCAUAUGUUAGAGAAUGCCGGCACUCCGGCUGCUCGGGCGCAAAUGGUUGGCCGCAUCUGAUGACCUCGUGUUUCCGAGUAUAUUCGAGCUUCUCUUCAGAUUCGUGUGGUUGGUGCUAAUAGCUUUAGUGGUGGAAGUACUGUACCCAGUGACAUGGCAGUGCCAGUCAGAAGGAUGGCAGGGCGGGUCGUUCGUGCGGCUGUACCUGUGCGGCACAUUGGCGCUACAGGCGGCACUGAUGAUGCUGCUAGCGGCACUGGCGCAGCAAUCAGCUCGCGGCACCAUCACAGACGUCGACCAGCGACGACUCGUGUCGCCAUUAUUAUUAAUCAAGUAAGAAAUCGAGCUUUGUUUAUUUUGUUGCUAGCUAUGACGGACUAUUCUACAUAACGCAUUACUAAUCCUUACCUAAAAGUGUGGAAGCGAAAGGUAUACCAGAGGAAUUAUGCAAGUAAAAUAAACGAAGUUGACAUAGUAGCGUAGCGUAACAUAUGUAUUGUUAGAGGGAAAAACAUCGACUACUACUGGCAGCACUAAUUAUCGAUUUCACUACCCUAUCUGUCAGUUAGCUCUCACUGUCAUUUUAACUUUGACGUUUGAUCAGUUUCGUGCCAAUAUUAUAUAUACUUCCUGUUAUUCAUAGAUAGUACAUAAUACCUGUAAUUCUUCUACUGUUAUUCUUAUACGGAGCGUUAAAAUACUAUAAAUUACUAGCAACACUAGGUCGCUGAUUGGCACUCGAGUAGAUCAAAAUCUUGGUACCAAAACUUCUGCUAGGUUACGAAUUAUUUUAUUGAAAUCUCAUAUUUCCCUCAAAAAAUUAGGUUAGGCUUGAACCUAUAUAUUCAUGAGAAUAAGGUAAAAGAAUUUUUAAAAUCCAGCCGGUAAAAAGUAGGGCAUUCAAACAAACUCUUUCCUCAUAUUAUCUUAACGUUUAACAAUACCAAACGUGAAAACGAUAACCCCGAGAAGUACCAACAAAAUUUUCAUUAAGAUUUCAACAAUAAACCCUGUUAUUUGACUAGGAAGUUUCAGUAUAAUUUAUUACACUUAUGUAUAUUCGCAAAAUUAUGUAUAAUUGUUAUUAUUAUAAGAGAUGGCAAAACCGAGUUCCAUAAUUAUGUAGCAAAGUUAGUUUUUCAGCAAUAUUUUAAAUUCGUUUUCUAAAUCAAGUAUUCUUAUUUCCAACUAGCUGUGCCCGCAACUUCGUCUGCGUGGGAAGUAUUUUGGUAGAAUUCUUUUAAUCCUAUGAAUGGAGUCGAAUCGAAUAAGAUUAUGAAGUAUACGUAUAAAUAAUAUUACACAUUAACCCCAAAACUUUUAUCUUUUCAAACAUUUGCGUUUAAUAUCUACACCUUUAUAUUUGAUUAUGGUUAUGGUGUAUGGUUUUGAAAGACGAAAACUUUAUUGCUUCUAAAUAAUUAAUUCAUUUGAAGUUUACUGAGUUACCUACACUUAUUUUUUUAUAAUUUAUAAACUUCUUAACACAACUCUGAAUAAUUUUCAACAGCCGAACCUUAAUUUUAUAUUUGCUUCAAAUUAUUACUUUUAAUAUUGUAAAAUAUUAAUAUCCUUCUCAAAAUAUUUUUAGCAAUACCUUUAUCUAAAAUAUGAUUAUAAAAAAGAAAUAAUUAACUUUCAACUCAUGUAACAUUUGAAAUCAACCUUAUUUGUUAUUAAAAAAAUGUUAUUACGGUCGUUAUUCAUUAUUCUUAAUUAAUAUAUUGUAUGUAUGUAUAGUUAUACAUAUAUAAAGUCAUAUACUUAAUAACAAAUGCGGAACUAGUUACAUUAAUUUAAAAAAAUAAGGAUCACUUCGUUAUUCAUUCCAUCUGUUUGUCUGUCAAGACCCUUUUUAUCGUAUUUGGGACGUAUGAAAUAGGUCCUCAGAUUUGCAAUCUUUUCUACCUGUAAUAAAAUCAUACUUCGAAGUCAAUACGAAAAAGAAAUGCGACUGUUUUUACUUACUUUGAUACAUACUUUGACACUUAAAAUGUAUUCUAAACAUACACCGUCUUAAUAAAAAACGAGGACUAAGGUUACUAAAUAAGUAAAGUACACAUAUGUAUGUACUUGGCUUAAGCCUUUGGCCGCCUAAAGCAAAUUGACAAUGAC